AAGCAAUUUAGCACCUUUACGCAUAUAAUAGGCUUCGAAGCCGGCUUAUGUAUUUCGAAGCCGUUGUUAUUUAAUUUUUUUGGCGCCAACAUCUUGUCUUCGAAGCCAAAUAUUUCAUUUCGAAGCUGGCCCCAAUCCCGGAAUAAGCUCUUCCCUCCAAAACUAUCAAUAUUGGAAGAGAUUCCUCGCAUUCGUACUUUUGGUACUUAACGACUCGCGGGGUAUAAUUUCGGACACAAAAACCCUCUCGUUUCGUGUUCCGAAAUCUCUUGCCUUUUACAAACCCUUCUCUCUACUGGUUCCUCUUUGCUUCGGUCUUCAUCUUCUAAAGAGUGUAUCAUCAAUGGCUUCUUCUUCACAAAAAGUGCCAGCCCCAGAGCGUGUGGGCUCAUCUUUAGCUUUGAAGAGGCUUAUUGACGCAGAAUGUGAGAAGUACAAGGCUGGAGAGAAAAGCGCUAUCGAUGGGCGUAUCUUCGUCCCUCGUCAUCAUGAGCAGCAGAACUACGUGCUCGGACCAAUUUUCAAGGAAGUCCUUACUGAGCUCCCAACCUUUUAUCCGCGUCUGGUGGACCAACGUCUCCUUUAUGAAGGUGGCCUUGACUGGAAGAACUGGAAAAGCAAUCGUCCUCAUCGAUGCUGGCCCACGAUAAGACCGGAAUGGCAAGAAUGGUAUGAUCGGAUCAUUCCUGCUAAGACACUGGACCUCCAAGAGCUCUGCCUCCU